CACUCUCUCUCUCCUCUCCACCAACCCACUCUCUCUCUCCUCCACCGCAAACCCACCAGACCGCUUCAUCAAAUCAAUUCCACCACACCAGUCUCUCCGCCACUCCAAACCCCAAGAAUACAUCGAACUCACCCACCCACUUCCCUCCGAUCACCUCAUCCCUUCCUUCUCUCUCCAAAUCCUCCACCACUACUUCGCCGACACCAUCGGCCGCCCACCCAUCUCCGCCCCCUACUCCCCUCCCUCCGCCUGCCCUCCUCCGUGGUCCUCCGUCGUCCUCCACCUCCAAGCCUCCUCCUACGGCGACCAGUACGACCGCAUCGCCGCAAUCUGGCUCGCCGGCGCCGAGAUCCUCCGCACCAGCACCGCCGAGCCCACCCCCGACGGCGUCUUCUGGAAUGUCCGCAAGGACGUCACCAGGUAUGUCUCGUUGCUCCAACGGUCGAAUCUCACUCUAACUGUCAUGCUCGAGAACGUCGUUAACGACGUCUUCACCGGCGUUUACGACGUUCGUCUCACUCUCUUGUAUUACAAAAGUAACCCCGUUAGGGUUCUGUCAUCGGCAGAUCAUCAUCACAACAAAUUGAGUAGGAAAUUAGGGCUUUUGAAGGAUUACAGAUGUGUGGAUAGCAAAUUAGGGUUUGAGUCUGAGAAAUUUAGGGACAAUACAGUGAUUGUGCAUGAAGAAAAACAGAGAAAUUCAUUGAAUUUGUAUGAAACUCCGGCGGAUUUGAUAAUUCCCAUAUCCAAUGUGGUUGAGAAUGAAGGGUUUUGGUUCAGAAUCGAGAGCGAAUCGGGUGUUCGUUCCAAGGGGGUUAAGAUUCCUCCGAAUACUUACAAGGCUGUUCUUGAGAUUUAUGUAUCAUUUCAUGGAAAUGAUGAGUUUUGGUACUCUAACCCACCCGAUUCAUAUAUCAGGAUGAACAAUUUGACCACCGGGCGAGGCCAUGGAGCCUAUAGGGAGGUUUUUGCAACAAUUGAUGGGAGUUUUGUUGGGUCUGUGAUUCCAUUUCCGAUCAUAUUCACUGGCGGAAUCAAUCCACUGUUUUGGGAACCUGUUGUCGCGAUUGGUGCGUUCAACGUUCCUUCGUAUGAUUUCGAUUUGACUCCAUUUUUGGGGCUUGUUUUGGAUUGCAAGACUCAUUUGUUUGGGCUUGGAGUGGCUGAUAGCAUUCCAUUUUGGCUUGUUGAUGCGAAUUUGCACCUGUGGUUGAGUCAUGGCUCAUCGGCAAUCAAUGCAAAAUCUGUUCAUACACAUACUCCGUCUCUUUCAAUCAAACGCAGCUCGGUUUUUGAUCAACUUGAUGGAUCAUUUGAAAUAAGAGCAAAGAGGACGAGUCGAUUCUUGGGGUGGGUGAAAUCAAAUGAAGGGAAUUUGACUACUCAUGUCUUGCACCAUCUCAACUUCAAGAACUCGAUAAGGUUUGAGAGAAAUGGAACAUAUAAAUUAGUUCGGCAAAAAGUGAAGACAAAGACUGAAGUGAAGGUAGAAUCUGAGAUGGGUUUGUUGAUUGGUCGCGUAAGGAUCAAGAGGAGAUACCCUCUUAGAGUGAUCACCUCAACUCUACCCGGAUCAAGAAGCAAUGUGUAUAAGAUGGUCACAAAUGUUUCUCAUUCAUUGACAGAGAAAUUGUCUUGUGGAUGCUUCUCAAGAUCUUUACGUAACAGUCAAGAUUCGCGGGGAUGGAUGGUGGUCAAGGAUCAUGAUGUUCUCUCUGGAUCGGCCAACACUGACCAAAGUUUCAGUUAUAUGGAUGAGUUUGGUUGCUACUCUCGGGUUGUUUCAGCUACUGAUGGCAAGCUCGUCAGUGACAACAUGACAUUCAGUUGCCCAUCGUCAUUUUAGUUUUGAAUCAUUUUCUUUUUCUACACUGCCAUGGAUUUAAUAAUGCUUACCACUCCAAGGUCGGAGAGCAAGGAUUGAAAUCAAUCUCAUUUCCAACCCAGUAAGAUCAUGUGCCCUCUUGAAGAGGUACUUGUUCUGAAGCAAUCGUGGUAAAUAUUUCCAAUGGGUCUAUGUGAGCAUGUAUGUGUAAUGUAAGUGAAUAAUUCUUGUCUUUUACCAUGACAUUCCACUCUGUUUUUCCUUUUAUUAAGUUGGCAUGCAAAAGAGGGCAUUUGUAAAGCAGAAAAAUGAAUAUAAAAUGUAAUAGCAUUGAUUCUCUUGAUGCAUGAAGUUUUCUUCUACAUGAUUCUA